AUAUCUCGGGAAAAAAAGCAAUUCGAUUUCACCUCUAUUCUAAUAUCAGUCGAGAUGCCUUAUUAUUCGAAAUGAAAUGUCAAUUGCUACAAUUUUGACAUAUCUCGCAUGUUAGUUUGUAUCGAAUGAUACGGAAAUAGGCCCCCGACUCUAGUUUGUCUGUGAAUUAAAAAAAACUACGAAUGCGUGACAUGCGUGAAAAGAAAAAAAAGGGCGGGAAACCGAAAAUACUAGGCGGCAUUUUUGAAAAUAUUUUAAUUAUAGUGUUUUAAGUCCUUUUUUACUGACAAAACCGAGAUAUAUUUGCUCAUUUAUUAUUAAAUUUAAUGUUAGAUUAAAUUUCUGAUUCUACUCGUUGAAUGAGGCCAGGAGGCGGGGGUGCGGGCGGCGGCCCCUCCCCCAUGGAAACAGAAACCGCCAAAACUUCAACAAAAAGAAGAAAUAAAGAUGUUUCUGAUACAGAAGUCACAUCAUGUAAGCAAAAAAUGACAUACAUACGAAGUCGUCGCGGUCUCUUCAAAGACCACAACCCCAUAUAUGAAGAUUUGACAAAAAAAGAGUAUCCUGUACUACUACAAUCUGCUUCUAAUGAACUGACUCAUAAAGUCCCCAUGGACAUCCUCAAAGUUAAUGGAAUAUUAAAAGAGAUUUUGGGGGUGCAAUAUGUAAAGGCGGCUGGUAACUUUUAUGUUAAAGUUUAUUUCGGAUGUGCCAAGGAUGCAAAUGCAUUUUUGCUAAACAAACCUAUACUACAAGAAAAUAAUUGGAAAGCAACAAUUCCAUAUGACAGCAUAGAGUGCCAAGGAAUUAUUCGUGCUCCUGUGGAUCUUAGUGAGGAGACAUUGCUCGAGGACUUAAAAGCGAGUUGUAUGAUUCUUGGUGUAAAGCGCUUUACCAAAAAACAGGACGAUGGGCAAUUCAAACCUCUCCCAACCGUCCUGGUUACAUUUAUGGCCUCGUCUAGACCCGACCACGUAAUCUAUGACCAUAUCUGGAUGCCUGUACAGGAAUACAUCAGACCUCUGCUUCAGUGCUUCAGAUGUUAUAAAUUUGGACAUGGCAGUGGAGCUUGUAAAAGCACUCAAGUAUGUUCCAUUUGUUCGGCGGGUCAUUUUUACAAAGAAUGUACCACACCAUCAGUCUUCAAGUGCUCAAACUGUAGUGGACCCCAUUCGGCAGUUUCUUAUACCUGUAAAGUGAAGGCAGAAAAAAUUGCACAAAUUAAGAACAAGAUAAAUGGCAAAUUCUCUUAUGCAACUGCAGCUGCAAUAGCUGUUACACCUAAUAAUAGUACUAAUCCAAAUAGUAAGAUUUUGAAAACACCUGCUAAAACACCUCACGGACGUGCUAUGAUUGCUGACAUUAUUAAUUCUGAUAUUGUCCUUAAUGCAAUCACCAAAACAAUUGUAGAAUUAAUGAAAAAAAGAGAAGUCAAUAAUACUUCCUCUGGUCCUUUACCAAUAUCCUCCCAAAUGAUUAAAGAGCUGCUUGUAACAAGUUUUACCACUUAA